AUGUUCUACGCAGUCGUAAUUUUGAGAGUCAGAGGUCUCGUGACUUGGCUUAGACAGUUGACCGGUCCAAUUUCAUACGUGGGUGGUCAAACACUCGCACGGUUCAUUGAUAAUCCAUCUACUCAUUCCGAAAAUCGUUAAUUAUUAUUUCCAUUAUUCAAUUAAUAUUCUACGAGGUUCUACUUUACUUUCAACGUCUAAUGUAAGUUUUUAUUGUGGAUGUACUAGUAUUUACACUCUUUUACAAUCGAACAGUUCAAGUGCACAUGAACCUACAUAUGGACGUCGAUGUACUUUCAAUUAUAAGACACAACACAUAGAUAUCUGAACCAUAAGCUUUACAUAAUCAUCCAUCUUCAUAAAGCAUCUCUAAAACUAUCAAAGAGGUCAAGCUCAUUUCCACUUACAAAAGUUCUGACGACAACUUGGAAUCUGUUCAUCUGCAUGAAGAUAAGAAUUAAUGUGUAUUUUACGUUUUAUCAUCUGUUUAUGCAUUUUUCAACUUUAACUUCAAUGUCCAUGUAAGUCUGGACACAGGUAGACUUUCUGUAAAAUGAGGCUUGUAAGGUGCGUCAUGACGCAUCGUCUCUAAGGUACCUCAAGAAGUAUCGUCUCUAAGGCCCGUCAUGGCGCACCGCCUCUAAGGUGAGUCCAGACGCGUUGUCUCUAAGAUGCAUCAUAAUGAUACACAGUGAAAAAGAAUAUAUCAAUCUUCAUAAGACGUACCUAAUUACGCGGACGAUUAAAUCGAUCAUAAAUAAUAUAAGAAUUAAAAACAAUAAUUUGACCGAAGGCGAAAGGGUAUCUGAAGUCACAAACUUAUUGCGUCUAAUACUUUUUAAAUCGAUACUGAUUUAUUGAGGAAAUGCAGAUCCAUCGCCCUAAUCAGUACUUUGUCAGACUUGGUCAGAGACAGUCAAUUCGGCAAGAUGUGGAUCCUAAUCGCGGCGGUGUUAGUGUUCUUCAUCUACCUCUACUAUCAGAAGUACAUGUACUUCGAGAGACUAGGGAUACCGCAUUCGAAACCGUUUCCGAUUCUGGGGAUGUUUUUUCCGAUCCUCACGUUCCAGUGUUCCCUGGGAGAAAACUUUCAGCGGGUAUACAACGAGAACCGUGAAGCGAAAUAUUUGGGGAUGUUUGAUUUUUUAACGCCAUCGCUGCUGCUGCGGGAUUUGGAUCUGAUCAAGAUGAUAGCCGUGAAGAACUUUGAUCAUUUUACGGAUCAUGAUCCGUUCGUCAUUAUCGAUAAUUAUAAGAAGGACAGCCUGGUAAAUCUCAAGGGCGACGAGUGGAGGAACCUGCGGAGGAUCAUGAGCAGCCUCCUGACGGUCUCGAAACUCCGGGAACUGUUCCCGAAGUUGCAACAAAUCGCCAAACGAUCCGCGGGUCACAUGGCCGCGUUGCCGUCAGGGAAUGUCGUCGAUCUCUGGGACUUCAUCAGCAGACAUACCUGCGAUACGUCGGCCUUCGCCGCGUUCGGCCUGGAUGUGGACUCCGUAGUGGAUCCCAAGAACGAGUUCUUCGUGAAGGGGACUAAGCUCACCGCCUUCGAGAGAUUAACAGACAUCAAGAUUAUAUUGACAAGGAACUUCCCCAACUUUUGUAGAUUGGUAGGCAUCAAGGUUAUGAGUAAUACGACGGAGAAUAUGUUCAGGGACGUGGUAAGGUCGGUGAGGGACAUGAGGGAUCAGACGGGUACCACUCGUGCGGACAUGUUGCAGUACAUGCUGAACACCAGAGCGAAUGCGCCAGAGAAGAGAAUGUCGGAGGCGGAUAUGCUAGCGAACUUGGUGUUCUUCUUUUCUGCGAAUUCGGCAUCCACGGCGCUGGUGAUGGCCGCAAUCCUCCUGGAAACCGCCGCGAAUCCGGACAUCCAGAAACGACUGCACGAAGAGAUCGAUCAGGUACUGAAGAAUUCUGACAACGGUGAUGUCAGUCUGGAGGCGCUAGGCGAAAUGAAGUACUUGGACGCAGUUGUGAACGAAGGUCUCAGGAUGUAUCCUCCUCUGCCGAUGGUCGAUAGAAAAUGCACCAAACCUAUCGAGCUACCUCCAGCACUACCUAACGCGAAACCGAUCAUUCUUGAAGAGGGCUUCAACGUUUUUAUACCGAUCCUCGCGCUGUGUCGGGAUCCUGAUCUCUACCCGGAGCCCAACAGGUUCAAUCCGGAGAGGUUUUGUAAUCAGAACUCGAGCUCCAGGACGUCGCUGGCCUUCGGGAUAGGUCCACGGAUGUGCAUGGGAAAUAGGCUAUCGGUUUUGUUGUUGAAGAUCAUAGUAUUUCACGUUCUGGCGGUUUGCGAACUGAAAACUUGCUUGAAAACUGUGUUGCCGAUUAGAUUUUCGCCGGGACAGGUGCUGCCGAUCGCUGCCAAACCGUACUGGGUGGAGGUUCAUUCUAGGUAUAAGGGAAUUGAGGUCAAGUAGGGGAAUAGUGCUGUUAGUGCAUAUUUUUGAGAUCUGAAUUUUUAUGUUCAGUUUUGUGAUCGCAAAUUGUAUGCUAAAGCUUUUAAAAAUGUAUUUGAUUAAGUCUUUGUUAAUAAAUAAUAGUUGUUGGCUCAUUUUUUGUUUCAAUUAUGCGUUGUUACGUUAUUAGUUACCUGGUAAAUAUUUAGGGCCAUAUAGCAAGAGUGUGAUUUUAGAGGUAGAUUAAAAUGAAUAUUUUAUUUGAGCAAGGAAUAUUUCGUUUGAUAGAAAUAAUUGCAAACAGUAGAAAUUAUGAGUUACGUGGUUUUUAUAGAGGACCAUAUAGUGAGA